AUGUCCGAGCGCACACAAGUAGAUCCGGGAUUCAAUAUCUGGCCCUUUCCCCCGUCAUCUACAUCGGUCACAAUCACCACCACCACCGCAUCCGGACACGCACCAACAACUUCGACCGUGCCGUCCGUCUCUCCACCACCGUCGACGACCCCCGAUGCGCCCUCGGCGACCGCAUCAUCUAGUCCACCUCCCGCUUUUUCCCGCAGUCUGUCCACCGGCGCGAAAGCGGGUAUAGGCGUGGGAGCUGUGCUUGCAGUCCUCCUUAUCGCUGUCGCGGCUUUCCUGCUCGGUCUUCGCUUUCGACGGACCCGGAAGAAAGACCGGGAGACUGCACCAUCGUGGGAGGGCAAAGCUGAGCUUGAUGGGAGCAGCAGUGGACAGUGGAUCGCGAGUAGCGUAGGAAUACCACCGCCGCUGGAACUCCAGGCGAACGAGCGGAGGGCGGAACUCGCAGCUCGCGAGUCUAGUAAGGGUGGAAGAGCGCGGGAGGAGGGGAUAGCUGGUGGUGCUGGAUAG